AUGCCAGCUGAAUGCACCAGAUUCAUGUUAAAUCUCAUGAACCAAUGGAAGUUAACUUUUGCACUCUGCGUGCCAUGUGUCGCGGUAGGAUUGGGUGCCAUAUUAAUUUACUACAUCAGCGGAAACGACUUAACUGAUGAUAAUUUGUCGCAGCCACCGAAUGAAGAAGACGAAGCCCAACUUCAGGUUAAAUUAAAAGAAAAGGUACAUUGCUUUUAAUAUUAUUUUCGUGGUUGUAAAAAUGAACAUAUAAAAUACAUAUAAUGAAACCUAUUUACAUUAAUUUACUUGUUGUAUUCUGUAUGCAGGCUGACGAAGAAAAACACAAAAUGUAUAGCAACAUAAUCUUAGGAAACCGCUCAUUGGAGAUGGGAUGUUAUGAUGACGCCGUUGAAUAUUAUACAAAAUAUUUAACAAUAUGCCCCCAAUCUGAUAACCAAUUGAUUGCUCAUGUACUUCAUAGCCGAGCUACGGCAUUCUAUAACACGGUGAACAUUUAUUUAUAAACCUACCUAUAUAGACUAAUAUAAAUAGGUACUUAAUACGUCCUAAUUGGUAGGAGGAAGAGAGAGCAUUUUCCACAUUCUAGCUUUUCAGAAAUACCUAAAAGAUUGAAAACGUUUGUACCCCCAUCUCCCCCAUAGACAAAAUGUUUGUAUACAAAUGGGAAUCUAAACGGUUUAGUAAUAUUAUAAAAAAUGAUAACUUAUACUUAUUUUCUUUUCAUUUUUAGAAACUGUACAGCAAAUCUUUGGCCGAUUGUAACAAAGUACUAGAAUCGUUGCCGAUAAAUAAAGAUACUUUGUUUCUCAGAGCAAAGGUAUUAAUCAACAUGAAUAAUUUGAAACUUGCUGCAGAAGACGUUACAAUUUAUUUACUGACGAGAGAUAGUGAACACCAUGUUGAAGAAGAUGUGUCAUUUGCGCUCUUAAUAAUAAUUUCUUUUGGUAAGAUAUUUUAAUAUCAUAGUAUAAAACAUUAACGAAGCGAUUUUUUUUUUUAUAUUGAAUAUUUUUAUUUUAACUUUACAUGAAAAUUGUUUUUACAACUAACUAAUUCGGAACUUACCUACAUAUCACAAAUUAAGACAUACUUUAAUUAAAUUUAUCUUAUUCCUGCCACAUAUUAUAUUUAAUUUGUUAUUUUGCCCUAAGUGGUUAUUUUCAUAAUCUUUAGGAAAUUAAAUUAAUAUUAAAAUAUUUUAAUUAGUUCAGUAGGUUAUUUUAUUUAUAUAAAACAAUUUUAAUAAGUCAAUGCACGCCAUGUAGUGGUGCAACAGAGUACUAAUUUUGGGGAGCGAUAAAAUUCACAUACACAUGUAUUUAAACCAAUGUCGUAAAAUGGGGUCCACAUCCACAGCUCUUGAACUCUGCACACUACUUUCACUUUAUAAAUUUAAUUUAAAUUAAUUUAUAAAUUAUAAAUUAAAAAUAGAAAAAAGUUAGUAAAAUGCUAACAUAAAUUAACAAGCAAAACAAAUUAUACAUUAAUGUGUACUAUAUAAAUGUUAAGUAUUAGAUCACUAAGUAAGCGUAUGACUAAAAAAAUAAUACAAUUUUGUUUACAAAACCAAAUAUAUAUUAAUUAUUUAUAUUUUUUUUCGACAAAUCUGUAUAUUUAUAACAUCAACUAAUAUAAUUAUUGAUUCAUGAAUUUUUAGAAUUGCCAAGCCUGAUAGGUGAUCCUGCCUCAUUUGGAAUCUUAAUUAAAUUUAUAAUCUAAAUUGCAUAAUAAAAUAAUAAAAUCUGCAAAUUUAAAAUAUUUAAUAAUUUAACUAUUUAUUAUUUAUUUAUAUUUAUUUAUUUAGUUUAUUUAGUUUAGAUAGUUAAUACAACUAAACAAAUGGAACUUAAUAAUAAUAGUAACUUUUGUGCAUUUAUAAUAAAUAAAAUAAUAAAAAAAAUGGUUUUAAUGUUCAAAUCGUAAUCACUAAUCAAUUUCAUAAAAUAUAUAUUACUGAAAAAUCAUAACUAAUUAUUUAUAGACGAUGAAACAAUUGAUCAGUUCCAAAAAACUAAAAAUUCUGCUUCAUUGUUACUCAAACAAAUCAAACAAAUUACAUAUUAUAAUGAAUCAUUCCUCGAUGAAAUAUUGAACGCUGUUGAUCCAAAAGUAUUAGACAAAGAUCAGUUCAAGUGAGUUGUUUUUAAAUUACCUACCUAUAAUAUCUAUCAGUGAUGUCCAAACUAUUUGGUUAAAGGGUGAAAGGGUAAAGAUUGCUAAACAUGCCAUAGUUAGUUGUGGUUUAAAAGAAUUAUAGCACUGUAUUUUAAAAAUUAAAUUAAUUACAUAGAAAUUUGAUACCAUAAUACUAAAUAUAUUAAUUAAUAGUAUAUGAUAAAACUAUGAAAAUUGUUUGGUAUUUGAAUUUCAAGACUCAGAUCAAACUUAGUAAACAAAAUAGGUACUAUUAUAAAAGUAUAUAAUUUUUUGAAUUAACUUCACCGCUGUCCUUGAUAGCUAUUAUUUAUGUGGUAAGAUUGGCACUUUAACUGUUAGAAAAGUGCAACUAUUUUAAUUUUUUUAUACCCAUCUCCAAGCCUAAAUUACAAUAGUUACUUACUGAAUAUUAACCUUUACGGUACAUGCUUAAAUGUGUUUCAGAACAAAUAUGAUCACCGCAAUUAGAAUGCUCAGAAAUUUCAUGGAUAAGUAUAAUGAAGGUACCACACCAACUGAUCCAUUAGAUGUAAUAAAAAUCAAGAAUUCGUUUGAACUUCGUUUAAAUGUUAUACAGCGUUUACAAAAUAUUCCCGAGAUCAAUGAAACUAUUCAAUAG